CCGACGGUGGAAGCUGCAAGGGCUGGGCAGAGUUCCAGGCAAGAGGGGCCGAGAGGCGUGAGCAGCGCUCCGCGGCGCUUGUCAGAGAAAUGGAGCAGCGGCUCCUUUGUGGGCUGGUACAUCCCCCUCCCGGGUGCACAGCGGGGACAUUUGAUCUGCGGGGUGAUUGAUAAGUGCGGGAGAGGGGCCGCUGUCCCUCCCUCCUCCUCCUCCUCUUGCUCUCUCCCGCCCUCCUCCCUCUCGGCUCCCUCCCUCCUUCCUGCCAGUAGCGCUGCCCGGCGGCGAGCUGCUCCAGUGGGGAACUGCCUGCCCUAGGGGCGCCGCCGGCUCGCCGCCGUGCCCUCGCUCCUGGGCCGCGCCAGUCCGAGGCUGUGCCGGCUCCCGCGCCUCCCUGGGUCGCGGAUGCUGCGGGCGCCUCCGGGAAAGCUCCGGGCUGCGCGCUCGCUGAUGCUAAACUACUGGCGGACUACAGAGGAGAGGGGUCCCGUCUUCUCCUGAUGUUUAAAAAAAAAAGUAAAGCAAUUUCUGCUGCGAGCCCAAGACGGGCGAGCCGCCUGAGAUCUCUUCAAGAUACCCCAGGGGAGGAGGAGAUGGGCUGGAUUUAGUAGGACAACUCGGUUACUAAUGACUCCGCGGCUGGCUGGGACCCGCCGGGAAAUCAGGUGCAAGCGUUUGCCUGUAGGUACCUGAGCUGACACCGACGGUGCCUAAAGAUGCUGAGCGGCGUUUGGUUCCUCAGUGUGUUAACCGUGGCCGGGAUCUUACGGACGGAGAGUCGCAAAACUGCCAAAGACAUUUGCAAGAUCCGCUGCCUGUGCGAAGAGAAGGAAAACGUACUGAAUAUUAACUGCGAAAACAAAGGAUUUACAACCGUCAGCCUGCUCCAGCCCCCCCAGUAUCGAAUCUAUCAGCUCUUCCUCAAUGGAAACCUCCUGACAAGACUGUACCCGAACGAGUUCGUCAAUUACUCCAACGCAGUGACUCUCCACCUGGGUAACAACGGGCUGCAGGAGAUCCGAACUGGGGCGUUCAGCGGCCUAAAGACCCUCAAGAGACUGCACCUCAACAACAACAAGCUCGAGGUGCUGAGAGAGGACACCUUCCUGGGCCUGGAGAGCCUGGAGUACCUCCAGGCUGACUACAAUUACAUCAGUGCCAUCGAGGCAGGGGCAUUCAGCAAACUGAAUAAGCUGAAAGUGCUCAUCCUGAAUGACAACCUUCUGCUGUCGCUGCCCAGCAACGUGUUCCGCUUCGUCCUGCUGACCCACUUAGACCUGAGAGGGAAUAGGCUGAAAGUGAUGCCUUUCGCUGGUGUCCUUGAACAUAUCGGAGGGAUUAUGGAGAUUCAGCUGGAGGAAAACCCAUGGAACUGCACUUGUGACUUACUUCCUCUCAAGGCUUGGCUGGACACCAUAACCGUUUUUGUUGGGGAGAUUGUCUGUGAAACUCCCUUUAGAUUGCAUGGGAAAGAUGUGACCCAACUGACCAGGCAAGACCUCUGUCCCAGAAAAAGUACCGGUGACUCUAGUCAAAGGGGCAGCCAUGCUGACGCACAUGUCCAAAGACUGUCACCUACAAUGAAUCCUGCUCUCAACCCAACCAGGGCUCCAAAAGCCAGCCGGCCACCCAAAAUGAGAAAUCGGCCAACUCCCCGGGUCACCGUGUCAAAGGACAGGCAGAGCUUUGGACCGAUCAUGGUAUACCAGACCAAGUCCCCUGUACCCCUCACCUGCCCCGGUAGCUGUGUCUGCACCUCUCAGAGCUCAGACAAUGGUCUAAACGUAAACUGCCAAGAAAGGAAGUUCACUAAUAUCUCUGACCUGCAGCCCAAACCUACCAGUCCAAAGAAACUCUACCUAACAGGGAACUAUCUUCAAACUGUCUAUAAGAACGACCUCCUAGAAUACAGUUCUUUGGAUUUGUUACAUUUAGGAAACAACAGGAUUGCAGUCAUUCAGGAAGGUGCCUUCACAAACCUGACCAGUUUACGCCGACUUUAUCUGAAUGGCAAUUACCUUGAAGUGCUGUAUCCUUCUAUGUUUGAUGGACUGCAGAGCUUGCAGUAUCUCUAUUUAGAGUAUAAUGUCAUUAAGGAAAUUAAGCCACUGACCUUUGAUGCUUUGAUUAACCUCCAGCUACUGUUUCUGAAUAACAACCUGCUGCGGUCCUUACCUGAUAAUAUAUUUGGGGGCACGGCCCUCACCAGGCUGAAUCUGAGAAAUAACCAUUUUUCUCACCUGCCUGUGAAAGGGGUGCUGGAUCAGCUCCCUGCUUUUAUCCAGAUAGAUCUGCAAGAGAAUCCGUGGGACUGCACCUGUGACAUCAUGGGGCUAAAGGACUGGACGGAACAUGCCAAUUCUCCUGUCAUCAUCAAUGAGGUGACCUGUGAAUCUCCCGCUAAGCACGCAGGGGAGAUACUGAAAUUUCUGGGGAGGGAGGCUAUUUGCCCGGACAGUCCAAACUUGUCAGAUGGAACCAUUUUGUCAAUGAAUCACAACACAGACACACCUCGGUCGCUUAGUGUGUCUCCCAGUUCCUAUCCUGAACUACACACUGAAGUUCCACUUUCCGUCUUAAUUUUAGGAUUGCUUGUUGUCUUUAUCUUAUCUGUCUGUUUUGGGGCUGGUUUAUUUGUCUUUGUCCUGAAACGCCGAAAGGGGGUGCCAAGUGUCCCCAGGAGUGCCAACAACUUAGAUGUAAGUUCCUUCCAGUUACAGUAUGGGUCUUACAACACUGAGACUCAGGAUAAAACGGAUGGCCAUGUCUAUAACUACAUCCCCCCACCUGUAGGUCAGAUGUGUCAAAACCCCAUCUACAUGCAGAAGGAAGGAGACCCAGUAGCCUAUUACCGAAACCUGCAAGAAUUCAGCUACGGCAACCUGGAGGAGAAAAAAGAAGAGCCAGCCACACUUGCUUACACUAUAAGUGCCACUGAAUUGCUAGAGAAGCAGGCCACACCAAGAGAGCCUGAGCUGCUGUAUCAGAAUAUUGCUGAGCGAGUCAAGGAACUGCCCAGUGCAGGACUAGUCCACUAUAACUUUUGUACCUUACCUAAAAGGCAGUUCGCCCCCUCGUAUGAAUCUCGACGCCAAAACCAAGACAGAAUCAAUAAAACCGUUUUAUAUGGAACUCCCAGGAAAUGCUUUGUGGGGCAGUCAAAACCCGACCACCCUUUACUGCAAGCUAAGCCGCAAUCAGAACCAGACUACCUCGAAGUUCUGGAAAAACAAACUGCAAUCAGUCAGCUGUGAAAGGAAAUUAUUUACAACCCUAUGGCAUCGAAGGAUGCUGCUCCAAACUGUUGGAAGCACUGCAUUUGCUCUCCUGUCUGUUUGUGUUGGCCCUUUCCCAGCGUCAGUGGGGGACUUUGCAAAUGUUUGGGGGAUGGGGUGAAGCAAUGAUACUGCUUUUUCAAGUUUUCCUUUAAAUUAUUUCUCUCUGGCUCUCCCCCUCCCACCUUUUUUUCCCUUCUCUCCUUAGGAAUCAUCACUGAACAUGAAUGUUUCUACAAUGCAUUUUUUUCAUAUAUUUUGUUUCUUUUUUCUUCUUUUAUUUUUCCAGUGUGGGAAUGGGAAGAGGAGAUUAUAGUGAAUGAAGAAAGAGUAAGCAAACUUUGCAGAUGAAAACGGAUAUUUUGUAGAAGAUCUCCAAAGAUCUUUUGAGACUAUAAAUUCUUUUGUAAAUAAUGAUAUAUGGUAUUUCCGUCUUCAGUUUUCAAGAUAGCCACUAGGCAUCACUUCUUUGUGUUAAAGUGCCUUUGCACUUUAAGUACAUUACUUAAAUGUUGCUUUUAGCUUUGAUAAAUUGAACAUAUUUUAAUGUGUUGUAUUUUUGAAAUUAAAAACACUGUAAAAUAGAUUGAAAUGUCAGCUAUAUGAAGUCAACGUACAGUUUGCUUGAGUUAUAGAAACCAGCCUAUCAUCAAAUGAUUCUAGUUCUAGGACUUUAUAGAUUUAACUGUAAAAUAUUUCCUUUCCUCUGGGUUUGUUGUAAGUGAUUUUAUUUAAGUCAACUAAGGGGAUUUAACAGUGGACUAGAGGUAAUAAGCCACCUCAGUUGGGAUUAGUAAUUCAUUAAUAAAAUAUAUUUAACCCAAUAUCAGAGUGAAUU